UAACGUGACUAAAACAGAAGAAGAAGACGAAAGCAAAACAUUCUCGAAAAUGUCUGAGUACGAUAAGAUCCAGAAGAGUGCCCUGAAACUGAAAGGCGUCGAUGAAAUGUCAGCUGGCAAAAAGAAGAAAAAGAAGAACAAGGAGAGUAAGCAUCGCAUGGAGCAGGUUGUGACGAGUCAAAGUGAUGAUGAGGUGAAAACAAAGAAAGCUUAUGUUGACAAAAGGACACCAGCGCAGGUUGCUUUCGACAAGAUGCAGGAAAAGAGGCAAAUGGAGCGGAUUUUGAAGAAAGCAUCAAAGACUCACAAGCACAGAGUUGAGGAUUUUAAUCGUCACCUGGAUAAUCUGACGGAGCAUUAUGAUAUCCCAAAAGUCAGCUGGACCAAGUAAAAGAGGAGCAGAUAUUCACUUUUUUUUUUUGUACAUUUUUUUUUAAUAAAUGCCAAGUUUGAACUAAAUUGGCGUUCAUUUUCAAGUUGCAAUUCUGUGUGUGUAAUA